CAUCAUGCAAGCCGAGGCAGCGCAUGUCAAGUUCCGGGUCACGUGGUUAAAAAGCUGAGAUGUUUUGGUUUAGAAGUGUCCCCCAGUUUUAGCCAGUUUAUUUUUAUUUAUUUAUGUCACUUUACACUCGCCAGUAGCAGUAAAGAUGGACGCUUUACACGGACACCGCUCACUUUAUAAAGGAACUACUUCGCCAUGGAAGGAAACGUACCGCAAGCGCUGUGUGGACAGGCUAAAGAACAGCCGGUCGAGGCUGCUGGAGAGAUAUCGCCAGACGGGAGACAGCCCGCAGCGGAGCGGCUCCGGGGCCUCCAUCAUCGUCCAGGAGGUGAUGGAGGAGGAGUGGACCGCCCUGCAGUCCGAGGACCGGAGACUGCCCUCGCUGUGGGGGCCAGAGAGCAUGGCAGAGAUGUUCAAUGUCAUGAAGCAGUACGAUGAACUGGCAGUACUGGAAGAAAUCCAACAGGAGCUGGUGUCUCAUGAAAUGUCUAUUAUUGAAGAGUACGAGAGGAACCUGCAGUUUGAGCAGCAGUACAUAUCGUCUGUUGUGGAGGGGAUGGAGGACGCGUAUAUUAUUUGCCCCAUAUGUCACACGAACAACUUGAACAUCAACAGCCAUUUCAUCUCCUGCCCCUGUGGACUGUACAUUAACACUAAGAAAGAGAACGUCACCCCCGACGUCCUGAGGAGUCUCCUGGAGUCCAGGGUGUCGGAGCACAUGGAGGACUGUCUCCACAACCCGGUUUUCUCUGUAGCUCUGGACACGGACUGCUCUCCCAACCUGAUGAUCAGCUGCAAGGUUUGUGACUACCUCUCCAUCGUCCUGUGAAAGCUGUUAUGAGUGACUUAACUCACGAUAUUUGAUUUUUUUUUUUUUAUCGUUUUGUUCUCUCUCUGUUUUGUGAAAUAAAGACUAUUUUUAUAUUUAA